AUGGGAAACGGUGCAAAGGCGGCUCAGAAGCGCGAGCGGAACGCUGCUAAGGCAGGGGGCCCUGCAAAAAGCCAGCUCAAGACCAACCAGGCGUCUAUGAGCAUUGUCUGCCAGACGUGCAAACAGGCAUUCAUGCUUACCACUCGUGCACCAGCGCUCGAAGAGCACGCGAAGAGCAAACACACAAAGACACUGGCCGAGUGCUUCCCAACCUUUGGGCAGUGA